AUGAGUAAACGUCCCAAUAAAAUUCAAAACAAAGAAACUGACCAUACUCCAAAAGAUAAUAAUGUUGCCUACGCUGAAUCGACCGCUCUUCCUUAUAAACCGAGAACGUCUAAUUCUAAACGCAGACAGAAGAAUAGUAGUACUCAAGAAGAAGUAGAAGAAAUAAUGAACGAUACUUAUUUUUUGAAACUUGAUGAAAAAAGGCCCUUUUUUACAAGAAAGCGCGUCGUAUUCACUGCUGGUAUCAUACUUGGUAUCUUUAUUGCUUCAGUGAUAGCUCCAGGGGGCCCCAACUUUUCAAAUUUUAUAUCUGAGUCCUUUUCGGACUUGGAUUUUACUAGUAUUUUGCCUGCUAAUAUUCUAGUGGACGAACUAUUUGGCAAUAUUACACUUUUUUUAAAGCCGAAUAUAAGUAUAUUAGAAGAUACUGAAUUCAUGCCUGGAUUAAAUUUAGCUCAAGAAGGUGUAAAAGCCAAUUUUCCUGUAAUUUUGAUUCCUGGAAUUGUUUCAACCGGUUUAGAAAGUUGGAGUACUUCUAAUUGUUCACGACCUUAUUUUAGAAAGAGAAUGUGGGGGACUACUACAAUGUUUCGAGCUGUUCUUUUGGACAAAGAAUGUUGGGAAAGUAAUAUGAAACUUGAUCCUGUCACUGGUUUGGAUCCACCUGAUGUAAAAUUGCGGGCUGCACAAGGACUAGAUGCUGCUGAUUACCUUUUCCCGGGUUAUUGGGUUUGGGGUAAAAUGAUACAAAGUUUUGCAGCCAUCGGUUAUGAUUCUAACAACAUGCAUCUCGCUGCUUAUGAUUGGAGACUUUCAUUCUUUAAUCUUGAAGUUAGGGAUAAAUAUUUUUCGAAGCUAAAAUCUAACAUUGAAUUAAUAAAAUCAACCGAAAAUAAAAAAUCUAUACUUAUUAGUCAUUCAAUGGGCUCUUGCGUUACUUUAUAUUUCUUCAAAUGGGUAGAAUCCCCAUUAGGUGGCAAUGGUGGAUCUUCUUGGGUUAACGAUCACAUUGAAUCUUUUAUUAAUAUUGGUGGCCCUUUGUUGGGUGUGCCAAAAGCAUUGUCUGCAUUACUUUCAGGAGAAAUGCGAGAUACUGUAGAAUUAGGUGCUUUUGGCAUUUAUGUUCUUGAACGUUUUUUCUCUAAACGUGAGCGAUCAGAACUGUUUCGUAGUUGGGGUGGACUUUCCUCCAUGCUACCAAAGGGUGGUACUGCGAUAUGGGGCAACACGACUCAUGCUCCUGAUGAUCAUGAGAGUUCGAUACAUACUUAUGGUUCCCUGUUAACUUUACGUUCCUUUGUUUAUAACAAGUCUGAUAAUAAUGACACCAACAAUACUGAAGCUGAAACGAUUUAUAAGCACACAAGCACUACUGGUAUAAAUCUUUUACAACAACACACGGACUCAUUUUAUAAUGAAAUGUUAUCCAAUAAUUAUAGUUUUGGAAUUGCUACUUCUGAAGAUGAAAUUCAUGAUAAUCUGAAAGACCAUACUAAAUGGGCAAAUCCACUUGAAUCACAAUUACCUUAUGCUCCUGAAAUGAAAAUAUAUUGUUUAUAUGGUUGGGGAAAGGAUACCGAAAGAACUUAUUACUAUGCACAUGACAUAGAUUCGAAUGAGAGUUCCAACGAAGAUGAUUAUAAGUUUUCAAACAACCUUUUCAUCGAUAGUUCGCUUAAUUCUAAUCAAGAUCCAAAUCUAAAAAGCGGUGUUCAUAAUGGAGAAGGAGACGGUACUGUACCGUUAUUAUCGUUAGGAUAUAUGUGCACUAAAGGGUGGAAAAAUUCGCUAUAUAAUCCUGCAGGGAUUAAAGUAAUUACUCGUGAAUUUGAACAUGAGGAAGGACCGGGUCUAAAUAUUCGUGGUGGUGCAAGAACAGCUGACCAUGUAGAUAUAUUGGGAAAUUAUGCACUUACAGAGGACAUUUUGCGUAUUGCAUCUGGACAUACUAAAAAACUCAAUGACAGGAUCACUUCUAAUAUUUUAGAAUACGCCGCCAGGGUUAAUCUCUAG